AUGAACAAAGAGAUCAUUUCUAGACCUUACGCCUUACACCAUCAAAUUGGCUAAUUUGCACCCACAAAAAACCCCAAUUAAAGACUAAUAAAUCCAUAAAAUUCAUAAUUGUGGACUAAAUUUAAACCCACCCAUUUUAUGAUUCGCGCAAUUUGCCAACAACUGAUAACUCAAAUCCACAUACUAAAUUUCAACCCUCAAACAAAUUCUCCCUCUUUCUCUCUCCUAUAUAUAAUCCAGCUUUCUUCUGGGUUUUUGCAACAAUUUCUCAAAGUGUUCAUCUUUCAAGUUUUAAGCUCAACAAUGGCUUCUUCUUCAACCAUUCCUUUCUUAGCUGGUACAACAACUACACCUGUAUCAAAUGGGUUAAGAUAUGGCCUACUUUCCCAUGUCAAAAAUUCAAGAGUUGUGUACAAUGGCUUGAGAAUGGAGGAGAGAGAAAAUGAAGGGGUUUGUGCUGCUUCAAUGGCGGUAGGAGUGAAAUCAAGAUUUGGGUCUCUUAGAGGAGGUGGUGGUGCUGUUUUGGAUCGACCCAGUUUUGAUCAGUCUCAAUUUGACCCUUCAACCCAAGUUCAAGAAGGAGGAGACAUUGGACGGGUAAGGGAUAAGAAAGGUACUGGAAGUGGAGACAGUUACAGGGUUUUGCUGCUUGAUGAUGAGCGCCACACAGAAAAGCUUGUUUUGAAGGUAUUACCCCAGGUUGUUCCAUCAGUUACUCCAGACGAUGCAAGAAUCUUCAGUGAAUCACGACAAAAUGGUGUUGCAGUGAUUAUUGUGGCUGUGAAGUAGUUGGACUAGGAAAGUUAGCAGUCAUUUCUUGCUCUUUACUCAUCUUUCUUUUCCAGUCAAUACUUUCUGAAGGCUAUCAAUAAC